UGUUUACACCGGCGGCAGUGCGGCCGGGUUCCUUCCGCGGGACGGAGGUCUCUUUGGAAGCAAUAAUGAUGACUAUAACAAGAACUUAUCUUGCUUUGCAAGAUUCUUCCGCCGUCAGAGUUUCUGAUUUAUUUUCUGGGGUUCCAUGUAUGCCAGGGAGAAAGAGAGAGCGCGAAAGAGAGAGGAUGUCUCUCUCAGACUGGCACCUGGCGGUGAAGCUGGCUGACCAGCCACUUGCUCCAAAGUCUAUUCUUCGGUUGCCAGAGACAGAACUGGGAGAAUACUCGCUAGGGGGCUAUAGUAUUUCAUUUCUGAAGCAGCUUAUUGCUGGCAAACUGCAGGAGUCUGUUCCAGACCCUGAGCUGAUUGAUCUCAUCUACUGUGGUCGGAAGCUAAAAGAUGACCAGACACUUGACUUCUAUGGCAUUCAACCUGGGUCCACCGUCCAUGUUCUGCGAAAGUCCUGGCCUGAACCUGAUCAGAAACCGGAACCUGUGGACAAAGUGGCUGCCAUGAGAGAGUUCCGGGUGUUGCACACUGCGCUGCACAGCAGCUCCUCUUACAGGGAGGCGGUCUUUAAGAUGCUCAGCAAUAAGGAAUCUCUGGAUCAGAUCAUUGUGGCCACCCCAGGCCUCAGCAGUGACCCUAUUGCUCUUGGGGUUCUCCAGGACAAGGACCUCUUCUCUGUCUUUGCUGAUCCCAAUAUGCUUGAUACGUUGGUGCCUGCUCACCCAGCCCUUGUCAAUGCCAUUGUCCUGGUUCUGCACUCCGUAGCAGGCAGUGCCCCGAUGCCUGGGACUGACUCCUCUUCCCGGAGCAUGCCCUCCAGCUCAUACCGGGAUAUGCCAGGUGGCUUCCUGUUUGAAGGGCUCUCAGAUGAUGAGGACGACUUUCACCCAAACACCAGGUCCACACCCUCUAGCAGUACCCCCAGCUCCCGCCCAGCCUCCCUGGGGUACAGUGGAGCUGCUGGGCCCCGGCCCAUCACCCAGAGUGAGCUGGCCACCGCCUUGGCCCUGGCCAGCACUCCGGAGAGCAGCUCUCACACACCGACUCCUGGUACCCAGGGCCAUUCCUCAGGGACCUCACCAAUGUCCUCUGGUGUCCAGUCAGGGACGCCCAUCACCAAUGAUCUCUUCAGCCAAGCCCUACAGCAUGCCCUUCAGGCCUCUGGGCAGCCCAGCCUUCAGAGCCAGUGGCAGCCCCAGCUGCAGCAGCUACGUGACAUGGGCAUCCAGGACGAUGAGCUGAGCCUGCGGGCCCUGCAGGCCACCGGUGGGGACAUCCAAGCGGCCCUGGAGCUCAUCUUUGCUGGAGGAGCCCCAUGAACUCCCUGCUUCCCCUGAACCCCCAGCAAGUUGCAGAGGCUGCUGCCUUUGGGAAGCACUCAUGAAGGUGCCUCCAUCUCUCCCUUCCCCAAUAUACCUGAUGGUCAACUCUC